CACAUGGGAAAACUGAAUGGAAUUCCUCAUGAUAGUACUGGAUACUCAGGACCUCGCUAUGAUCACACCCAUAAUAACCUGCGGGGGAGUUACCUCUAUUACACGUACACAACGGACCCAAUUAUGAGGUGCGUUGAUAGCCAAACAGAAAUCCAACUAGAAAGUAGCUUGUUGGACCUAAGAACAGCGGCUAAUCUAAGCUUCUGGUAUGUGUUAAAAGGACGGAUGAUCGGCCACUUGCGCCUUUUUGGUAAGAACGAAGUUUUACUAUGGGACUCCUCCGUUAACCACACCGGUUCUGAGGAUUGGACGCAAGCCAUUGUUCAGCUACAGUCCGGUGUUUAUCGAUUAACAUUCAAAGGAAGCUGCACGCUUACAACGCAGAAUGAUAUUGCGAUCGACGACAUAGCACUAGAAGGAGAACCUUUGGACACAAUGACAACGACACAGUCUGAUGAAACAACCGCGCUGCCUUUAGAGACAUCAACUGAAGCUGAAUUGAGCAGGACGGCAAGGCCAACCACCAGAGCAACAACACAUUCUUUGGAAACAUCGACAGCAGCUGAAUUGAGCAAGAGCAAAAAACCAACCACCGAAACAACAGCACUGUCUUCAGAGACAUCGACAGCAGCUGAGUUGAGCAAGAGCAAAAAACCAACCACCAGAACAACAGCACUGUCUUCAGAGACAUCGACAGCAGCUGAGUUGAGCAAGAGCAAAAAACCAACCACCGAAACAACAGCACUGUCUUCAGAGACAUCGACAGCAGCUGAGUUGAGCAAGAGCAAAAAACCAACCACCGAAACAACAGCACUGUCUUUAGAAACAUCGACAGCAGCUGAAUUGAGCAAGAGCAGAACACCAACUACUAGAACAACAGCAGUGUCUUCAGAGACAUCGACAUCAGCUGAAUUGAGCAAGAGCCAAAAACCAACUACCAGAACAACAGCACUGUCAUUAUGGUAUAUGUUAAAAGGACGGUUUGCCAGCCACUUGGACCUUUUUGGUAAAAAUGGAGCUUCACUUUGGGACUCCUCUGUUAGUCAUAGUAGUUCCCAGGAGUGGAUGCAAGCCAGUGUCCAGCAAGAGUCUGGUGUUAAUGGAUUAACAUUCAAAGCAAGCUACAAAUAUGCAUUGUAUAAUGAUAUCGCAAUCGACGGUAUAUUACUAAAGAGAAAACCUCUGGACACAAUGACAACAGAGCAAUCAUACAGAACAUCAGUGCUGCCUGAGGCAUCAGGGGGAACAGAAUUGAGAAUGACAAAAAGACCAACCACCAGAACAACAGCAUUGUCUUUAGAGACGUCAACAGCAGCUGACUUAAGCAAGAGCAAAAAACCAACUACCAAACCAACAACAUGUUGUCUGCACACCCAGGUGUCUUGUUCAUUUGAGGACGGACCAUGUGGUUGGCACAGCGUCAGUGAUGACCCACAACAAGGAUGGGGGAUCUGGCACAUGAAAAAACUGGCCGUUAAACUCCCUCAUGAUAGUAGUAGAUUCUCGGGACCGGGCGAUGACCACACCCUUCAAAAUCUACAUGGGAGUUAUCUCUAUUACACGUACACAACAUCCACGCCUAUGAGGUGCUUGGAUAGCCAAACAGAAAUGCAACUAGAAAGUAGUUUGCUGAACCUAACAACAGCGGCUAAUCUUAGCUUCUGGUAUGUGUUAAGAGGACGAGCGGUGGGCCACCUGCACCUUAUUGGUAAGAACGGACUUAAACUUUGGGAGUCCCCCGUUAACCACAGUGGUUCCCAGGAAUGGACACAAGCCACCAUCCAGCUAGAGUCUGGUGUUUAUCGAUUAACAUUCAAAGCAAGCUGCAAAUAUACAUUCCAUAAUGAUAUUGCGAUCGAUGACAUAGUACUAGGAGGAGAACCUUUGGACACAAUGACAACAACCUAAUCAGAUAGAACAACAGCCCUGCCUCGAGAGGAGCUGAAGUGAGCAACACACACAAAAAAAACUACCAAAACAUAAAUGCUAUCUGUAGAAACAACUACAGUGGCUGAACAGCACAAAAAAAAAAAAAAAAAAAAAAA